CGUGCUGCGGUCACACUUAAAGUGAACAGCAACAAUUGCAUUGCGUAGAAAAAUAAAGUGCUUAAAACGUAUAAAAGUUCUGUAGCGAUUUUUUGAUUGGACAAUUAAGCUACGUGCAAAUUGCAACAAAUAGAAAACAUACCAAAGGCAAAAUACAAUCGACAUAGUUGUGUCGUCCACUCUGUAUAUGCGUAUGUGCUUUGUUCUAUAAAGAACCUGUGAGUGCAAGUGCCAGUGUAAGUGUGAGCGUGUUUGUGCGUGUGCGUGUGGGUGCGUGCGUUUGUGUGUGUGUUGUGCGAGUGCCGUAACGUGAAAUGGCAAAGAAAACGUACGAUUUACUUUUUAAACUUCUGCUAAUUGGCGAUUCCGGCGUUGGAAAGACAUGUAUACUAUUCCGUUUCUCGGAUGAUGCAUUCACAUCCACAUUUAUAUCGACCAUAGGAAUCGAUUUCAAAAUCAAAACAGUCGAACUCAGGGGCAAAAAAAUUAAAUUACAAAUAUGGGAUACGGCCGGGCAGGAGAGAUUUCACACAAUCACCACAUCCUAUUAUCGUGGUGCGAUGGGCAUAAUGCUUGUAUAUGACAUAACGAAUGAGAAAAGUUUCGAGAAUAUAGUCAAAUGGUUACGGAAUAUAGACGAGCAUGCAAAUGAGGAUGUGGAGAAGAUGAUAUUGGGCAACAAGUGCGAUAUGUCGGACAAGCGAGUUGUCAGCAAAGAGCGCGGCGAAGCGAUUGCAAGGGAGCAUAGCAUACGAUUUAUGGAAACAUCCGCCAAAUCAAAUAUAAAUAUUGACCGCGCAUUUUGUGAACUUGCCGAGGCCAUAUUAGAUAAAACAUCGGGCCGCGAAUCGGCCGAGAAUCCCGAAAGGGUUGUCAUCGAUCGCGGCAAUAGCGACAAAGCGACGAGCUACAGCAAAUGUUGUGCGUAAUGGGGUUAUGACACCUGUUAGUUUAACGUUCACGGUUGGUUUUGUGAUCUAUAACAUACAUACAUACAUACAUGCAUACAUACAUACAUACAUGCACACACACAUACACACACCCACA